AUGAAUAAAGCAGUAAAUGUGAUCAAAGCACAUAUAAAAUUAGAUAAUAUCAUGAAUCAACAUGUACAACAACUGAUCUUGCCAGAAAUUAUGAUAGGAAAAGGGCGAGAUAAAAUAUAUUUGGAUAAUGAUCAUAAUGAAAUAUUAAAGAAGGCUAAAAUUACAAAUAAAAUUGAUGUUCUAAUUCUCAAUGUUGAGUCCUUAGAAGGAACUUCCACUACUUUUAAGGUUAUUACAGAAAAUGAAACGGAGACAAAUAAAAAAGUAUGA